AUGGCCGAUGAAAAUCCCACUAGUUCGAGACUUAGAUUAUUCGGAUUUCCGUUGAUGGAACAACAAGAACUUGCAGUCAAGAGAGAGAACUUUGAAGAUCAGGAACAAAGAAAAUUCAUGUGUCAAUUUUGCCGUCGAGCAUUUGCCAACUCCCAAGCAUUAGGGGGCCACCAAAAUGCACACAAGCGAGAGCGCCAAAGAGCCAGGCGUUCCCAGUUUCACAGUGCUCAUCAUAGGCAGUACUUCAUUGCAGCUGCGCGCGCGCCAGUUAAUCUAACAUCGCACGCCGUGAGAUCUGCAUCGGUGCUGCCCAUUUUUUCAAGAGGAUACGUUAGCACUAACAGCGCUGCUGCUACUAGCUUCGAGUCGCGAUCACAGGCGGCACAUGCAAAUUUUUAUCCAUUCCGGCCGCCUUUGAUUUCAUUCUUUCCUCCUCGAUUUUUGGAGGCGAGCCCAGUGCAGUUUGCUUCUAAUGCGCAGUCGUUGGCUGAAUUCUCAGCUGGUAAGUUGCCAGAGGGGGAGUUAGGUGCCGAUCUCCAUCUAAAGUUGUCUCCCUCUGGCUCUGGAUAA